AUGGCGGAGCUUACGUUUUCCCAAGUCGACGAGACGGUUUGCGGCUACCAGAAUGAAAAUUUCCCAAUCGGGGAUUCGAACUCUGACGGCAGACACCUCGUUGGUGGCGUCGGUACGUUCGGGUUCGGAGAGGGUGCGGACGACCAGUGUGCCUAUGAUGACGGCUACGACCCAUACGGCUCACCAAGACAACUCUACCAGAAAGGCAUCAACCCGGUUGUUCUGUCACCCAGUAGCCCUUACCGUCUACAGAGACACGCCGCUAAUAUUCGAGAACGCAAACGUAUGAUGAGCAUCAACACGGCUUUUGAAGAACUCCGAUGUCAUGUACCUACUUUUCCUUACGAGAAGAGGUUGUCCAAAAUCGACACUUUGCGGCUGGCCAUCGCUUACAUCGCUCUCCUUCGCGACAUUCUGCUCUCAGGACGCGACCCGCUGGAAUUUGUGGAGACAAGUCUUCGAGAAGGGAAGAAAACGAGCGAAGAAUACACAUGGAACACCAGUGAUCUGACGGCUCGAUUGUCAUGGGUCAAAUGGGAGAGCCUGGGCGUGAAGAGACGACCGUAUCUGGGCCCUUACUCCGGUAGGCAAUGA